AUGCCAGGGAGACGUUGGGCGCGCGCCCGUAGUGGGGGUACGUUUUCGGAUGGCUCUGUAGAAAUCAUUCGAGACGAUAAGAACGCUUCCACUGUUAACUCUGUACCAGAAGCUCCAAAGCAGCCUGCUGGUGGUUCUCCACUGGGGGCCUGUGGUGCGGAGAAAUGCGAGAGUUCAGUCAGCAGCCUUAGCGGAGACGUAGUGGAAGGAGGGGACGUCGUGUGCCCUUCCCGAAAACGUGUUCACAGUGCGAAUAAGCUGACUGCGGAUGAGCCAGCAUUGGUACCAACUUCUCAAGAGGAUGCAUGCGCCUUCCAUAGCCCUCGUAGCCUGCCUGGGGACUCGUCAGACGCAGGAGGGCUUUCUAUGAGGGCGCCACCAGAUCAAGAGGCUGCCCAUUUACCUACAGGCACCUUGAGUACGGCUGAAGAGACCCAUGGGCUGCCUGGAAGUCUGAAUGAGGGGGGGAUUUUUGCCCCAAGGAGUCCCCUUCAGCCCGUAGGCCUGGAUGAGCAGCAUUCGACAGGUUCUGGUAAUGAGAGUGCACAAAAACAGCGAACCGAAAAACAGGGAGACCAGGAGGUAGUUAAGUUACCGGUGCAGCAGCAGCUGCUCCUGCUAGAGCCGCAGCAACUGCUGCCGGGAGAGCAGCGUGAAUGCACGCCUGGUGGCGUGUCCCUCAUCGUAACAAGGACGUCUCCACCCAGUGAAAGUGAGGGUGAAUGGAUUCGCGUUGAAGAACCCAAAAGGGACGCAGCUGAAGAGGCUUCCGCUGCGCAGAAGACUUGUACCGAUGUUUUAUCUUCUGCGGCGGGGCUUCCUGAGUGCACUCUCCCGUCGGCACCGCGACAGCAGGCACCUCUCCAUCCACUUUGCAUUGGCACUGCGAGUCAAUCUGAGGAGGGCGCCUGCACGUAUACUUGCAGCACAGAGCCACUUAAGGGGAUGGCCUACGGAGUGUUGAGCGACACGACCGGCUGGGAUGCGUCCAGCCCACCCUUGGCCCAGGCAAACCAAAAGAGUGCAUUGGACCGCUUGAGUAUGUACGUUAGGUCGUUCGCAAACACUCUAGCCGGACGCUUGUUUGCUGAGCAGCAGCAGGGAGUUUCGGCCAACUACGAACCUGGAAACACUAGUACGGAGGUCAACGCUUUUCAUGAGAAGUUGAGUGAAGCCUCUCCCCAGGCAAGGCAGAGUCACGGCCACAGAGACAGACUGCUUCAAGCUGUGCGCAGUUGGCACCGCUGUAUUCUUGAAGUAUAUGGAGGUGCAAUUGAAGACAUUACAAAAGUGGCUCUGCAGGUCCUUCCUGCUCAUGCAACAGACGAUCGGAGCGAACGACAGUUUCUGCUUGUACAGGGACUCUUUGAGGUGUUCUGUCUCUAUCGCGCGCACUUUCUCUCCCCUCCAGAAGAAUUGCUCCAGGCAGAGGCGUUACAUCACCAGUGGAAAUUGCGAAAGAAAUAUUCAAUCGAUGCUACUCAGACUUCGAGCACUGAAGACACCUCGUUGCCUCCUCUGUUCAUGCUUAGUGGGCGAUACGUGGACUUGGCGGUGGACCGUCGCAGAGGCCUUCCAACAUCCGUGCGGCUGGCUCUUUAUGGCUUCGUUUCGUUAGCACUGAAAGUCGCCCGAGCACUGCAGCUGCUCCUGGAGGUUAACGCACUAAGGAGUGGAGGAGAAGGUCCGCGGUUUGCGCUUUGUCUACGUCUAGAGCUGCUAAAACUUCUGCUGAAAUUAAUACUUCACGCCCUUACUCCAUUCGCCUUCUACUGCGAGGAGCAGAGCGUUUAUCAGGCCCUUGCUGCGCAAAAGGAAAAACAGAAGAUUUUAGAAUCUGAAAGGAUGCGGCCUUCCUACGGAAGGCGCACUGGCAGGAAGAUACCGCCCCUCCCAUCUACAGCUCGCCAGUUCCCGAAUGAUGGGCAGGCAGCGUUUGCUGCCGCUGCGAAAGAACAGCUCCCUCGGCAGUGGAUCGUCCUAGUGGUUGAGUGGCUUUUCAACGAGCUUAAAGCUAUUUCGUCUCCUAGUCGCAUAGUCGCCACGUGGCAUCACCUACGCUUAACUCCCUGGCGCCCGUGGAUCUUGAAGGCUGGCUGCCACGCUGCAUAUCCCCACAGGCCGGUUCUAUCAGAGGUUCUGUAUCAUCUUCGCCCAUUCAUUCACCUUUACCUUUUGAAGCGAGCGAAAACCACGAAGUCGUGGACCCCAUGGUUGGCAGCCAUGCUUGUUGAAGCAAAUUCAGUUUCUUUGUUGCAUAGCUGCCCUGAAGUGAUGGAGCGCAUUUCGCCUAUCGAGGCUGCAGAACUUCAUCGUCGCCUAACGGGACUGCCCUAUGCUUUGUUGCGCCCUCCUUUCUUCGACAAAUUCCUCGCGCGACCUUGUGAGGCCAUUGACUUCGUUGUGAGUCGUGUGCCGCUCCUUAACCACUUCAAUGUACUGGAUGCGUUCCUAGCGUACAGGGACCUGUACUUCAUGAGUUCCAAUACAUGA